AAUUCUCUUUAUUCCCCGCGAGCGUUUCCAUAAGCCACUAGUUAUCUCGCGAGACUGUGGCUUCCCCAAAGGUACAAAUUUCCCCAUUCAGCAGCGACCAGCUUUUGUAGUCCAGUUAAGCCCCGGACUGGGAAGAGUGGUUCUGUGCUUGGGAUUCUCAUCACUGACCAGCCAACCUGCAUUCCGCACCGAGAGCUCGGCGGUCAUGGAAGGGCAGCCAGGCCGAGAGAGCCACGCCACCCUAGCGCUAGCCCAGGCUCGGUUCGAGAAGGGCGAGUACUUGGAAGCCGAAGCGCUGUACUCCGCGUAUAUUCGCCACUGCGCCUGUGCGGCUUCCGCGGGCGUGAGUCUCGGGAGCCCAGAGGAUUUGGCUACUGCAUAUAACAACAGGGGGCAGAUCAAGUACUUCAGGGUGGAUUUUUAUGAAGCCAUGGACGAUUAUACAUCUGCUAUAGAAGCCCAACCCAGUUUUGAAGUUCCGUAUUACAACAGAGGGUUGAUACGUUACAGGAUGGGGUAUUUUGAUGAAGCUUUGGAAGAUUUCAAGAAGGUAUUAGACUUAAAUCCUGGAUUUCAUGAUGCUACUUUGAGCUUAAAACAGACGAUUCUAGAUAAAGAAGAAAAACAAAGAAGAAAUUCUGAAAAAAGUUAUUGAAAACUUUAACUUGUUGAAAUGUUAAUUCAUGGUUUCUAAACCUGCAUUUGAUUGGUUGUACUUUUAAGUAGGUUUAAAAUUAUUUUAUUUAUAUUUAAGGGAAUGCACUUUAGAACUGAAACUAAAAUGAUAUAUUUAUGUAAGGUUGUUAAUUUCAAGUUGAGAAACUGUUGGAUAGGUCUUUUAAUACAGAGUAAAUUAAUAUCAAUGUAUAAACAAAUAUAUGUUGUUAUAGCAAAAUAUUUAAAUCAAAUCAAUGUGUGUUAUUUUUAGUAAGUUUCAUUUUUAGUACACUUUAUUCCCAGCUUUAAACAUUUUUUAUUAUUUUUAUUUUCUGUGUAUGAGUGUAUUGCU